CUCGGAACUAAAUUCAAUUGGACGAAAAAUAUAGUGAUUGAAAAAAAAUAAAAAAUGGGGGGCUACAGUGUCGAUUCUUCAAAAUCCUCAGCUGAAUCUAACUUCAGAAAACUUGAUGAUGUGUUCUUGCAGACACAAACAAGAAUAUGGCUUGGGGAAGUUUUGAACAUGAGGUUGGAUGAACACCUACAUAUUUCUGAUUUGCUUGCCGAUGGGGAUCUUCUGUUUGAAGUCUCCAAAGUAAUAUGGAAUAUGCUAUUGGCAAAGUGCGGAGAGCUAAUACAUUUGAAGUAUGAACCACUUGGUUCGCGAAGAUGCAGUGGGAGAUAUAUGCCUUACUCUAAUGUUGACUCAUUUUUGAAGAUCUGCAAAAUACUGGGAUUAAAUGGUAUUGAUCUCUUCUCCCCAUCAGAUGUCGUUGAGAAAAAGAACAUUCGGAAAGUUUGCAUUUGCUUAAGGGCUCUCUCAAAUAAGGCCCGUUCCAAACAAUUGAAGGUUCCUGACUUCGACUUGGUGACCUAUACGGUAGUCAUGCCAAAAAAUAUGGUGGGUGGCAUUCGAAGAAGCUUGGAGACUUCACAGAGCAGCCUUUCAAGUUCUUCUGGUUAUUACUCAUAUAAAGAAAGAAGAUCAAAACUUACGGAGAGAAAUAAAAUCACAGGUUCUGAAGCAAACUAUGAUUCAGAGUCUGACGAGGCUGAGAGCAAGUUUGUGGGAGAAGAAUCUUGUUGCUCAUCUAUGAAUCAGCUUGAAGAUGAUAAUGCCGCAGAUUCAGAUGCAGACAAUUCUUUUGGCGAAUAUUCAGCUGCUAGCAAGAAUGGAAGAGAGAAAAUUAGUGUACUCUCAUGUCCCCGUGACCACCAUAGAACUUCUAGAGGAAAUGGAGGGAAAUAUAUUAUUGCCAACGAUAGGAUACACUUUGAUUAUAAUGACCUUAAUGUGGAAAAUGAUGAGUCAGUUGUUGGAGAUUCUAUGUAUGAUAACGAAAUGGAAGAUAGUUGUAUUUCUAACUACUUAUCAUUCUCAGAUUCAGUUAUUGGUGGAACUGAUGGUAGUAUGCCUGUAUUGCGGGAAGGUGAAGAAAAUAUUUUGAACUUUUUUAUGGCAAUUGAGUCUUCUAGUGAAGGGAAUGGACAUCAGAAUAAAUUUUCUGAUAAUGAAGAUGCAGAAGUUUCAUCAACCACUAGCAUGAGCUCUGUACUAUGUCGGGUGCAUGCUUUGGAUUUUGAUGACCAAUUUGAUGCAGAUGAAUGUUUAACGCAAGAAACAUCUGGUGCCUUGCUGGAAAAUGAGCCUGAUAGUCAGCAUAAGGAUUCAUCUGCAAGUCAUAAAGCAUGGAAUGUUGCAAGUAAUGAAGUCAUUUUUCAUGAUACUAAAGAACCUUCUGUAGUAAAGCCUAGAAUUUCUGCCAGUCUCAAUGAGCUCACAUAUUCAUGUUCAGAUGAAUUGCUAUCUGCUUCCGCACAGCCUCGUACAGAUAAAUUUGUUUCGUCGCACAGAAAUAACUCAAAUUACUUUGAUCCAGCUGAAGAUAUGGAGGCUGCAAGAAGUAAAGAUAACGUUUGUCUUGAUACUGCAUGUAGAAAUAGUGUGUCUUUAGUUGACAUAAGUGAAGGAUGUGAUGUGAAAUUUGUUUCUGAGGUAGUCAGUAGUUCAUGUGAACCAUCCGUGACUUUGGAUGGUGUUAACAUGGAUCGGAGUUCUGUUAUUUCUUGUGAACAUAUUGAAAAGGGGCAACCCUGUUCCUGCUCUGUCUACGGUUCAGGUGAUGCUAGUGAAGUGUGUGAACCAACACUUCCAGUAGAUGAUGGUGACAGAACGCAUAAAGUUUCAUAUGUGUUGGAACAAAAUGCUUCAGAGGGAAGUCAAGAAACGGAUGCUGGUAAAUUAAAAGACAAACAUCGACAGAGGCCAUUGCUGAAAACAGUUGCUAGAGGCACUGCACUUGUUGGUGUAUUGUAUCUGUUGCUGCAUUUCAGUCGUAGGAGAAACAAACAGGAAAGCAGUGAAGCCGACAAUAGACGAACUCAAAGUAAGAAGUUACGUGGCAGAGAUUUCUCAUAUGGGAAUGGACAAAAUGGGCGUCAAGUAGAUAAAGUUUAUCCUUCUGAAAAACUCAAGUUCAAGAAUUAGAUUCAUCAUCUGUGAGACUUGUAAGAAGCACGACUGUUUUUCAUAUGUUAGUUAAAGCCUAUGUCAUUUUAUUUUACAAUAGAAUAAGCAUGAGAUUUAGUUCAUACGUUAGUAGCACGGUGAAUGGUAAAUUAUUUAGGUUUUUCUAUGCUGUUAAAAG